AUGAGAUUUGAGAGUAAGCAGCAGCUCAGCGGGGCAGUUAGGAUGUGGUCCAUCAAUCACAAUAGGGAGUUCAGAGUUAUUGAGAGUAAGAGUAACACGUGGUUUGCUAAAUGCAAAUCAUCAAUUGAAAGAACUCCUUCCACUUCAUCGUAUCCACCAUGCGACUGGUGUGUUAGAGCCGUAAAGAAAAAGACUCAUGGAAUGUGGCAAAUUACAAAAUGGGUCAAUGACCAUAACUGCUUGGGCGACAUGAUUAGAAAUAACAAUACAAGCCUGACGGCUUCCGUUAUUUCAAGGCACAUACUCCGUAGCAUUGAAGAUGAUCCUGGAUUAAAGGUCAAGAACAUACUAAGUUUUGUUAAAGAAAAUUUGAAGGUUGAUGUGUCUUACAAAAAAGCCUGGUAUGCCAGACGCACCAUGGUGGAGUGGUCACAUCAUUCGGAUAGUUUGGAUCGAAUUAAGACUUUUAAGUAUGUAUUCUGGGCCUUUGGACCGGCUAUUGAAGCAUUCCACAUGUGCAGGCCGGUUAUAUGUGUUGAUGGCACUCAUCUGCGUGGCGAAUACAAGGGCAAACUCCUUGUUGCAGUCACUCAAGAUGCGAACAACAAGAUUCUGCCAAUUUCUUAUGCCAUAGUUGAUGAGGAGACGAUUUCCAGUUGGUCGUGGUUCAUGGAACAAUUAAGAUAUAAUGUGGCACUUGAUCGACAUCCUAUCUGUGUCAUCCCAUCUGCUGUAUGGAGACACGAGUCGUCGAGCGCAUUGACCAGAUCGAGAGGAUGA